AUGUCAACGACGCGCCGCUCAACGCGGCUCCAGCUCAGCCUCUCAAAGGAAGAGCACCACUCGCCACCACCCGAACCGCUGACGCCGCGCGCAUCAAGCUUCCCCACACCACCAACCCACGUCCCCUCGCGCCGCGCCUCCACCCAGAUCGACCCCCUCGCCGCCGCCGCUGCUGUCCAGUCGCCCCUCGACCCCAUCUCGCCAUGGCCGCCCACCUCGACCAUUUCGGACGACGACGCGUCGCCCUCGUCUGCUAACACACCGCGCGACGACCUGCCCUCUGCGAAAGAGGUGUACGGGAGCUUGGCGAUCCUGCUCACGUACCUCCUCUUUGCCGUGUACUUGCUCUGGGCGUUCGCGCCGCCUGCUUGGCUCGACGCCGUCGGAUGGACGUGGUACCCUGCUCGUGAAUGGGCCGUCGUCGUGCCCUGCUGGCUCAUGGUCGUCGUCCUCCUCGCUUACUGGUCUUACGCCGGCCUCACCGUCUUCCUCACCCCGGCUUUCACCUCGGCUACCCUCAUCACUGACAAGUACGCCAACAUCCCGGCCGACGACUCCGACGCCGCUGAGCGCUACUACGCCAAGUUUACCUCACCCACUGCCGUCCCCGAGGCUGUAGACCUCCCAAUAGACCUCGUCAACCGUGUCUUGUACCCUCCACGACCACGCCAGCGCCCACGGUCUGACGCCACCCCUUGA